AUGAACAUUGGUAAAGCUGGGAAUCCAGUUAUUUCAGCCAAGUUGCAUGGCUAUGGGUCUGGUGCCAUUCUGAUGUAUGACACUACCAGGAGAGAGUCGUUUGUGAAAUGUCCUGGCUGGAUCGAUGCCUUUAAAAACCAUGCCUCCAAAGAAGCGGUUCUUCUUCUCUUGGCAGACAGGAGUCAUGAGAGCUCUACAAGAAGGGUAGUUUCAGGUGAAGAGGGCAAAACCUUUGCAGAGAACUUUGGGGUACUCUACCAUGAAGUGGACUCUGGAAAACCGGAAUCUGCUCAACAUGCUCUCUAUUACAUUGCAACAUGCAUCUAUGGCAAAGCCGAGGAAGGUGUACUUGGAACAGGACCAGGACAGGGUAUAAAGCCAGUGGCCAGUCCUGUUAUCAGGAGACACUCCACCAGCUGUGCCAGCCCCACAGACUCACAUGUCAAAUCUUUCCCUGGAAAAGACAAGAGACGUGGAACAUUUGGAGAGAGUAUUCCAGAAGUAGCAUUUCUGGAGAGGGAGAGUCAGCUGUCUGCUGCCAGGAGAGAGGUGGAGAGAAUGAAGGCCAGAGAGACUGCACUACGACGGCAAGAGCAGCUACUGCACAGAGAGAACUCUGAACUCACUCAACACCUGGCCUCUGCCAAGAGAGAGAUAGAUACUCUCAACAGCGAGAAGACUGCCCUGCAAAGAGAGCAGCACUCACUCAAACAACAGCUGACGCAGAGAGAGAGCGAAGUGUGGAGGUUGAACGGCGAGAUAUCUAGCCUCCAGCAAAGACUCAAUCAGUUAGGUAGUCAGUUGGAGCAGGAAAAGUUGGGGUUGAGUCGGGCACUUCAGACCCAAACCCAAAGAGAGUGCCGAUGUCCAGUGGCGACUGCAACAGCAGCUCACCCUCAAGGAGGAGGCACUGGGGAACGAAGUUCGAGACCACUCUGAGACACGUGCUGCUCUCCGACAUGCACAGCUGGCUCUGGACGAGGCGAGGGAGGAGAACCGUCGUCUGCGGGAGUCCCAGAGACCAGCAGAUGUUGACGACCACUGGAGAGUGUCACGGGACGAGGUGGUCGUUCUGAAUGAGGGGAUGCUGGGGUCUGGGGCCUGGGGCUACGUGGCCAAGGGAGAGUUUCGAGGGAAGAGAGUGGCAGUCAAGUGCCUACACAGGGAGAUUGUGGCCAGCCAGACUCUGCAGCGAGUCCACAGAGAGAUCCACACCAUGGCCAGCAUCAGACACCCCAACAUAGUCCUCUUUGUUGCCGCAGUACUGGACAGUGAAGGCCAACCACUCAUUGUCUCUGAACUUCUCGACACCAACCUCAGAUCAGCCUACCAGAGACACCAGCUGAAAGGCACAGGAACAAAGGUGGAGAUUCUGCACGGAGUUGCCUGUGCACUCAACUACCUGCACAAGCUACGCGAGCCCAUCAUCCAUCGAGACGUAAGCUCGCCCAACGUCCUCCUCAGAGCUACCCGAAAUGACAAAUGGACUCCGAAACUCUCAGAUUUCGGAUCUGCAAAUCUGGCCCGGUGUUCCCAGACACUUGGCGAGGGAGCAAUCAUCUACUCAGCCCCUGAGACCUUCCCUACCAGCCUCCAAUCUCCCAACAGCCUCCCUCAGACCACAAAGAUCGACUUGUACAGCUUUGGAGUCCUGACGGGGGAGCUUCUGACAGAGCAGCUACCUAAUCCCUCCACCCUACACUUCACAGUGGAGACUGUCGGAGCCGAGUGGCCUGAUCUCCAUACCCUCGUGGUCAGCUGCAUCAAACACAGUCCUCUCCUCAGACCUGAUAUGGAAACUGUCAUCUCUACUUACCUGCAACCUCGGCUAACAUCAUCUGUCUUUACCUACCAUGCAUAGAACUGCUGUAUAGCUACUGCCACAUGCUAAACCCGACUUACAUGCAAUGCAUCAUACCACACAACAGCCUGAGUAUUUUUAUCUGUUUAUAUAGUUCCUUUUCCCUAUGAAUGAUGUUGUCUUUUUUCACCACAACCAUCUGCGAGCUAGUGCGGCUUUCAUAUAGAUGUGUGUGUUUG